GGAGAAGUGAAAAAAUAGCGAAAUGACGUUUUCAUAAGUCAUUGAUAAGUCAUAACCACAGAGCAGAUUACUUUGAAUAUAUAGGUAGUCAUAACCUUGGAGAUUUCUGUAGUCUGUGUUCCAUAUUUAUCAUACUUUUAUAUAUCCUUGUCUUGGUCGUAGGAUAUUGGUAGCACAGAGUACAUUGAAUAAUAAGAUUGGUAGGAUGAUAGAAUCAUAAUCAGAUUCUGUACUCAAAAAUUAAAAAAAAACAAACACUACGACUACAGAAAUCGUGAAAUGUUAUUAGAUUUAGAAAAUAAACAAACGAAUGUGUAUGGAAAUGAAUUUACAGACUCUUUUCCAGGAUUUUAAUCCUAGCAAGUUCGUCGUUCACACUUGUUUGCUGAUCUUCACGGCUUUAUUAGCAUUGAAAUUGGAUAAUACUAUUACUUGGUCUUACUGGGCAGUGUUUACCCCAUUAUGGACCUGGAAAUUCCUCGUCGUUCUUGGUGCUACAGUGGGUACAUAUGUUUGGUGGCAGUAUCCUCAUUUCAGGUUGGAAGGUGAAGCUUAUAUUCACUACAAAGCAAUGUUGAUAAGCCUCGCUAUACAUUUGAUUUUACUUAUGUUUGAGAUGCUUGUGUGUGACCAGUUAACAACAUCCCGCCAUUUUUGGAUAUUGGUCUUUAUACCAUUAAUUUUUAUAAGCAUAGUAUCAAUUGCCAUCUGUAUAUGGUGUGUUAAACAUGAUCGUAGUUAUGAGUUGGAACUGUUUUGUGCUGUAAAUAUCUUACAAUUUAUAUUUUUGGCUCUACGAUUGGACAAAUUCAUACUUUGGUCCUGGGAGGUUGUUUUUGUGCCGCUGUGGAUACUCAUGUGUCUUAGUCUAGUAGGGGUGCUCUAUAGCAUAAUUUUCGCAGGUAUCUUAUUACGAUCUCCGGACGUAAAUAUGCAACAACGGCGGACCAGUUUUAACUCGGCUCUGGCGUACACGUUUACUGUUAUACCCAUAUUGGUGUUUCAGGUCCUGUUAACAAAUAAGCUUGACGAUGACCUGGGGUUUUCAUACAUCGUAGUAGUCAGCCCACUGUUCGUCACUUACGCCACGCUUAUUAUUAUGUCCUUCAGCUCCAAAGGAGGUAAUAAAUGGUGGUUCGGUAUACGAAAGGAUUUUUGCCAUUUCCUUCUCUCGGUGUUUCCCCUUCUACAAGAAUAUGCAAAUAUAGCCUACAACAACAACGUGAAUCGAGGUUCGAAUGUUUUACCGACGGAACCACCAGUAAAUCAGGAGCCCUACAGGGAUGAAGAGACUCACAGAAAAGUGAAAGAGAGUAAAAAAUCUCAAAAGAAUCAAAAGAAAAACGAAGCAAUGAAGCCAGUUGUGCCUGUGACGAGUAUAGAUAUGCCGGAUUGAUGUUUUAAUAAAAUUAAAUCGGUUUCAAGUGCUGAAAUGUGUGUUCACUCGUUAGAAAUGUAUCCUUUUGCUUAUCGAGCUUCAACAUGUAACGAAGCAAUACAAAAUGUUAAGUUUGUUUAGCACUAAGCUAUUUUUUUUUUCUGUUGUAUGGUAUUAAUGGAUAUUAAAAAAAAAUGGAUUACUAUCGUUUUCA